GGAAAUAAUACCAGAAGAGUUAGAAUUUCAUUGUAUUUUUCAGAUAUUUUCAAAAUAUUUUUAGCCAUUUCUACAUAUUUUUUUACACAUAUCAAUUGCUACUCAUUGUCAUUAGCAUUUCCCGUUUAAUAUUCAUUUUAUUGUGCUUUUGCAGUAUUAAUAGUUUAUUUAUUUAUAUAUAUUUUUUGUUUUGUUUUUUAAGGACGUAGAAGUCUUGGAUCAUCAACAAUUUAUUUGGUAUAAUUACAAUAGUUUAGCUUGAAAUGGAGGGUUGUGGAGAUUUCCUACAGUGGCUUGGACCUGACACGUCUAUGAAUAUUCUCAUGUGUUUAAAGGACCCGUCAGAUCUCAUCCGUGUCUGUUCAGUUUCAAGUUCUUGGCGCCGGUUUGUGAUUGAAAAUAGCCUCUCGAAGCAGCUUUGUCUAAGACUGUUUCCUGAAAUAUCAAGUUUUGCCCAUGUUAUUGAAGUGGAAAACACGAUAGAACCCAUAGUAGUCAAGCCUGACAAGCCUAUGGAAUGGGAAUACUUGAAGAGGGAUCAUAGGGUCUAUGCCUUUUUAGCUCGUGGUCUUACCUCUUUAUGCUCGCUUGAUGCUUAA